AUGGCUAUUGACGUGGACAAAGAUGGCAAAGUUGGCUGUGCCUAUUAUGUUGCAAUGGACGAGGCAUUGGUGCUCGAGGAAGACAUCUCUAUGGGUGGUAUCGAGGCUGUUGAAACUUUUUUGCUUCACGUCCAGCCGACCUCCGUCAUCAUCCCAAAUAGGUCACCUAGCGACUUGAUUGAGUUCCUUGAGCGGGAUGCCCACCGACCCGACGACGGCAUUGACUCGGAAAGUGGUCAUGGGGCAUAUAUUUUGCGGCACGUCGUCUCAAUGCAAUUCGAUUACGACUCUGGCAAAGAAGCCCUCGCCAACAUCGACCCUGGCCAGACUGAACCCAGCGGCGUUGAAGUUGCCACAGCAGGAGAAGAACCGGUGCUUUCCAUCGGUUCUUUGGCUCAUGGAAGGCUCAUGCGUCUCGCUGAAAAGGUUAACCUCGAAAGCUGCUUGUCCGUUGGUUGCGCGAGUGCUAUCCUGACCGAUCUUGAACGGCGGAGGGUCGUGGAGGACACCACGUCAUCAUUUGACGAGCCGACGUUCCAGUUCCGGGUGCGGUCCAUCGAGAUGAACACGCCAAUAGACACCAUGUUGCUAAGCGGAGACACUCUGAUAUCUCUGCAAAUAUUGCAAUCGGAAUUACACCCUAACCUGCAAACUCGCUCCUCCAACGGCUCCGAACCCAAGGCAAAGGAAGCCCUUUCCAUCACUGGCCUUCUUCUAGCUCUAGCUUCGAGCGCCCAAGGGAAAAGGCGGCUCCGACAAAUUCUCCUACGGCCGAGUACUAACAUCCGGUUGAUCCAAGAGCGCCAUCGGUGCAUUGAAGUUCUCCUCCGGCCCGAUAAUGCAGAGGUUACAAAACACAUGCGGAAGCUGUUGAGGAAGUUAAAGAACACCAAGACACUUCUUCUCCACGUCCGAAAGGGUGUUGAUCGAGUACGCGGUCAGCUAUCAAUCCGAGUAGGAGACUGGAAGGCGUUACUGAGAUUCGCCAUGGUCUCUGCUCAACUAAAGCGAGCAAUCCAUACUUUAGAAAAAUCGGUGGGCGUUGAGAUCUUUGACAGGAUACGUACCGAGAUUGAUGUCAAUCGUUUCUUGCACAUCGGCGAUAUCAUCAUACGGACAAUCGAUUUCCAACUCUCUAAAGAGAGCGGCCACACGGAGAUCCAAACUGAAGCAAGCGAAUACCUGGAUGGGCUAAGACGAGAGUUUGCUGACGUUUGUCAUAUGCUUCCCGAAAUCAAGGAAUCCGUGGUUCGUGAGUCGCCAAGGGAAGCAGCCCAAUACAUCCGCCACUGCACAGUCAUGCCGCAAGAAGGGUUUCUCAUUGCAGUUGGGCUUGACCCUGAAACUGGAGAAGGCAUUUAUCAUGGCCAAGGGUCACUGGAGGGAGAGUGGAUGAGGUACUUCACUAACGAAGAUGCGGUGUAUUAUAAGAACCAACUCAUGUUGGAUCUUGAUUCUCAAUACGGAGACCUCCCUUCCCGCAUUUCUGAGGAGGAGAUCGAGGUGAUUAUGGCUCUGGCAGCUGCGGUGUUGGAGCAUGAAGAACCAAUCCUAGGUGCAGCCGAACUUUUUGGGGAGCUCGACAGUAUGCUGGCGUUUGCUUUAGCUGCCGAAAAGUACAACUGGGCAGCUCCUACUUUGACGUCUUCAAACACGAUAGACAUUAAGGGUGGACGGCAUCCGCUCCAGGAGCUACUAGUGCCCUCAUUUAUCCCUAACGACUGCUCGAUUGCCGGUGGUUGCGGCGGUGGUGAGUCAGGGCAGGGUGCUGCGGUUGGGCAGAGCGAAGAAAAGCCGUCCACCCUCAUCCUCACCGGCCCGAACAACUCGGGAAAGAGUGUCUAUAUGAAACAGGUCGCCCUCAUUGUGUACUUGGCCCACACUGGGAGCUAUGUGCCAGCCACGCACGCCACAGUUGGUGUGACGGACCGCAUCUUAACCCGAAUCGCUACGAGAGAAACGGUCGUCAACGACGAGAGCGCUUUCUUGGUGGAUUUGAAACAAGCGGCAUUCUCAAUGAACUUUGCAACUCGGCGGAGCUUGUUGCUGAUCGACGAGUUCGGGAAAGGCACAAACUCAGAAAGCGGGUCUGCUCUGCUUGCGGCCUAUCUCACAUAUUUUCUAGAUCUCGAAGUGGAAGCCCCAAAGGUCCUUGCGGGAACUCAUUUUCACGAAGUGUUCGAUAAUGGCCUGCUGCAAUCACGGCAAACCCUUGCCUUUGCUCACAUGGACGUCCGCCUCGACCCAGAGGCUGAGGAUCCGGAAGACCAAGUGACGUUUCUCUUCCGUCUUCUGCCGGGAAGAGGCACGUCGAGCUUGGGCGUGCUGUGCGCGGCUGCAAACGGCGUACCGACCGAAGUCAUCAGCAGAGCUGAAGAGAUUGUGGCGCUACUAGAUAAAAAUGAGAGUUUAGUAGAUGCCUACUCGAAGUUGUCUGAGAAGGACGAGCAAGAGUUGGCGCAAGCGAAGUUGGUUGCGAGGAGGUUCUUGACGUUGGAGGUUCCGGCUUUGGGACGCGGGCAGAAGAAGAACGAGUUUAAAAUCAGAGAGAUGCUUGAGGCGGUUCUCGCAAUAGAGCACGUAGGAGGUACCUUGAGGGCGUGA